GAGGAGGAGGAGGAGGAGGAGGAGGAUGAUGGGGAGGAGGAGGGAUGUGAGGAGGAGAUAAAUCUCCGUUCUACCUCUGCCUCCGGUCAUAGUCGGCUGAAGCUACAGAGCAGCAGCACUGGACUGAAACACAGGACCACAAAUAAUAAACCGCAGUUAUUUCUGAUAUUUGAAGCAGAAAGAGAGAGAAAAAGGAACCCAUCUAAGACCUUCGGUGAGCAGGUAGCUAUGCGGCCGCGGUCCAGACUGUUUUCCAAGAGAAGACUCGUGCUGCCCACAAUCAGAGAGGGCGCAGAGGAGAUGGUGAAGGAUUUCAAUGAAGCCAACACGCUUCACAACUGUGAUCGUGGCCAGGCCGUCUCCUCAGAGGACUACCUCCUCUCCAUCUGCCACCUGGCAUGCCCUACCUCCGCGAGCACAAAUGUGUGCUCGGACAACUUCCGCACGCUGCAACAGGACGCCGCGCAGCAGAGGUUGAGGCCGUCACGUCUCAGUGGACCUUUAUUUUCAGAGAAAAAGCUGGACGGAGAGAUGUCGCACGGCAACUCUGACCCUCUGGAGUAUCUCUAUGGACACCAGAACAACCUCUCAGGCCUUUCAGGGAGUGUCGGGAAGACAUUCGCUGAAGGAACGUUUGUGAGACACCGGGAGAGUGUGUGGGAAAGCCGGGCACACAUCAGACCCAGCAGCGUCACACGGGCUUUAAGUCCAGAUCGUCCACACCUGUGCAACAGCAGCUCUUCUGACAUGUGCACCACCAUCACAACCUCGGUUCCAAAUAUCUCCCCAAAACAAAGCCUGAUGAGGUCAGCAGCGAGGAGAGCCUGCCCCGGGGACAGAGGGACAGAGGGACAGAAACAAUCGCUCAUAUCUCAGUGGAUCUCUGACUGCAGGUCGGUCUGGAGAGUGGCACGUGUGCGAGCUUGUACGUUGCCUGCCAUUGCCGAGGUUUAGGAAGCCCACAGACAGUCAUUAUGAUGCUCCCUCAAAUCAUGUUACAAUCUUGUUGGACAAGAACAUGAAAUGUUGACUUUCAGAACACUGUUUCCACAUGGAAGACGUUUGGAAACAUGUAAGGGCAGUAAAUAGAGUAAUGAUUGUCCGUCUGUCAUGUUUUAUCAGUUCCUAUCCAAUAUAACACCAUACCUGUACUUGAUGUUUGACGGCAAUAAAAUGAAAAUGAGAAAAUCUGUAACAUCUGUUUCAUAUCUUGCACUGUUUGGUGAAUUAUACGUAAUGAAUAAACCAAUCUUUUGAUACUCCUUUGACAUCAUCGGGGGUUUUUCUCUUAGCUACAGUGUGUUUUUUCUUGCCUGUGGAAACCCCUCCGAUCACAGCUCUUCUUGUGCCAGGCAGUG